GGACACGGGCCCUCUGUUCCCGCCGUGAAACGGGCAUUAGAACGAGGGUGUCAGGGCGUAAAAUCAGUAGAAGACAGGGGCUGGAGCCAUAGCACAGCGGUAGGGCGUUUGCCUUGCACGCAGCCGACCCAGGUUCGAAUCCCAGCAUCCCAUAUGGUCCUCUGAGCACCGCCAGGGGUAAUUCCUGAGUGCAGAGCCAGGAGUAACCCCUGUGCAUUGCCGGGUGUGACCCAAAAAGAAAAAAAAAAAUCAGUAGAAGACAGAAGCCCUGGCCAGACACGCUGGAGCUCCGGGCCCUGGCAGGGAGUGCCCAGUAGGGCGGGCACUGGCCAGCCCCGCUCCAAACAAGGCUGCGGCGGCAGGGAGCCCCCAGAGGCCCAGCCCCCGCAGCCCGCACCCUGGGGAGGGGACCCAGCCGUGAGGAAGUGCGCCUCAUCCGGCCACGUCUCCCAGCCAGCGGGGCCCCCUCCCUCCGGCUGGACGUCUGGGUGAGAGCUCCGGGCCAGCUGUCACUGGCCGGCCACCCCCAGCCCAGCACUGACACCUGAAACCCAGGCCUGGCUGAGUGGCCAGGAGCCUAGCGGGGGCCGUGUCCACGUCUCGAGGGACCCCUCGCCCUGGGGCAGCGCGGAGAUGUCUCUGUCCAGCCGUGUGCCCGGCCGCCGGCCAGUCCUCCGGACCCUGGGCUUCCUGCUGCUUCUCCUCCAAGCUGCUGCUGCCAGAAGUUUCUGGAAACAGGCGCUGCGUGAGGGACGGGCAGAGGAGUCCCACGACGAGCCUCACGCUGACCAGUGCCCGCCACCCCCGCAGUCCCUGCCCGAGGGCGCCUGCCAGGCCGAGCGCUGUCAGGCGGAUGCCGAGUGCCCCCGGCCCCAAGGCUGCUGCUACAACGGCUGUGUCUUCACCUGCCUGGAGACCGUGCCGGACCCCCCAGUCUUGGUCUGCAGCACCACGGAGGACGGGGACGAGCCGCUGCGCUGCCCCUCGGGCUACGAGUGCCACAUCCUGAGCCCCGGCGAUGCGGCCCAGGGGGUCCCCAACCGCGGGCAGUGCGUGCAGCAGCAGCAGCCAGAUGCUGGUGAGCAGUCCUGGGAGACCCUGGACCGCGCCCCCGAGGAUGUGUCAGACAGGGCCCGGGGCCCCCGGGGGCCCACCUAAGGACGCCACGGCUGGCAGCACCCGGAGCAGCCAGUGAGGGGACGGACCCAGGACCCGGAGGACGGGGCAAGCAGCGUCUGGCCCUGCAGCCCGGGGCCUCCCCCCAGCUGGCCUCGCCCCUCCCCCCAGGACGCAGAUACCCCCUCCCCCAGCAGGGGGGUGGGAGGGGGAGGGGGCCACAUGCCCCCAAGGCCAGGGCCCCGCCCAGCCGCGGCUCAGCCCUGCAGCGGCCUCCCCCACUCCGUGCAUCCACAAUAAAUCUCACGCGGAGCUGGA